AGACGUACUGUCUGUUGUGCACACAAGCAAACGUUCUAACUCUUCUGAAACAAAUGCUAAGGCAGCUCUUUUUUUAUACUACACUAUAUAGUACUAAAAAAUCUGAGAAAGCGCCCACACUCUUUCACACACACAGAUACAGAUAUGGCUUCCUCCAGUAUUCUCCUGUCUGAAGAGCAGUUCCUGUGCUCUAUCUGUCUGGAUGUGUUCACUGAGCCAGUCACCACUUCUUGUGGACACAACUUCUGCAUUGACUGUAUCACAAAGUACUGGAAUAGCAAGGACCUGUGUCACUGUCCGCUGUGUAAGGAGAAAUUCUCCAAACGACCUAAACUUCGUGUCAACACAAUGUUAAGAGAAGUUGUAGGGAAUUUUAAAAGCUUGAGAGACAGAGGUAAAGAUGAGUCCCCUGCCAAACUUGGAAAAGUGCCCUGUGACGUCUGCACUGGGACGAAGCGCAAGGCCCUGAAGUCCUGCCUGGUGUGUCUGGCUUCUUACUGUGAGACUCACCUGGAUCCUCAUCAUAUAGCCCCAGCCUUCAAGAGGCACAAACUGGUCGACCCUGUGGAGAACCUGGAAGACAGGAUGUGCAAGAAGCAUGACAGACUCCUGGAGCUGUUCUGUAGGACUGACCAGACAUGUGUGUGUCAAACAUGUGUGUGUCAAGCAGACCACAAGACUCAUGACACUGUCCCUAUAGAGGAAGAGUGUGGAGAGAGGAAGGCUCAGCUGGGGAAAACUGAGGCAGAAGUGCAGCAGAUAAUCCAGGAGAGACUGAAGAAGGUUAAAGAGAUCAAACUCUCAGUAGAUCUCAGCAAGAGAGAUGCAGAGAGGGAGAGAGCAGACAGCAUACAGGUCUUCACUGCUUUGGUUCACUCCAUUGAGAAAAGCCAGGCGGAACUGAUUGAGGUGAUUGAGGAGAAGCAGAAAGCAGUAGAGAGGCAGGCUGAAGGGCUCAUUAAAGAACUGGAUCAGGAAAUCACUGAGCUAAAGAGGAGAAGCACUGAUCUGAAGCAGCUCUCACAGACUGAGGACCACCUCCAACUUCUCCAGAGCUUCCCAUCCAUAGUGUGCACACCUCAACCCACCAAGGACUGGUCUGAGAUCAGUGUUCACAGUGAUCUGUGUGUGGGGACUGUUAGGAAAGCAGUGUCUCAGCUGGAGGAGACACUGAAUAAAGAGAUGGAGAAGCUGCCUGAAGUCAAACUGAAGAGGAUUCAGCAGUAUGCAGUGGAUGUGACUCUGGACCCUGAUACAGCAAAUCUCUAUCUCAUCCUGUCUGAGGAUGGGAAACAAGUAAGACUUCAAAAUACACCACAGAAACUUCCUGACAAUCCAAAAAGGUUUAAUCAGUAUUUAAUUGUCCUUGGAAAGGAUGGCUUCUCCUCAGGAAGAUUUUAUUAUGAGGUGACAGUUAAGGGGAAGACUGACUGGGAUUUAGGAGUGGCCAGAGAGUCCACUGACAGGAAGGGGAUUAUAUCACCUAGUUCUGAGGAUGGAGUCUGGACUGUGGUCCUGAGGGAUUGGAAUCAGUACACAGCCUGUGCCUCCCCCAAGUUUCUCUCCCUGAUAGAGAAACCCCAGAAGGUGGGCGUGUUUGUGGACUAUGAGGUGGGUCAGGUCUCCUUUUAUGAUGUGGAGGCCAAGUCUCAUAUCUACUCUUUCACUGGCUGCACUUUCACUGAGAAGCUCUACCCAUACUUCAGCCCCUGUGAUAAUGAUGAUGGUAAAAACUCAGCUCCUCUCAUCAUAUCUCCUGUCAAUCACACACACUGAUUAAACAAUGGAACUAACUUAUAACUUACAAAUCAUGAAAUAUAUCAAUAUAUUUACAAAAUAGUAUAUUUAUUCAUGUGACAUGGCACACGAUUAGAAUAUCCACAGAUGUCCUCUGAAAUAGUAUCAACAAAUGAAAAUGGAAACUGUUUUGUACAUCUAAACCACGGAUAAUAAAUGCUUGUAUUUGCUGAAAACGAAGACUAUCAACUGGAAUGAAUUUAAAUAAAAGUUAUACAAGGUA